UGUGUGUAAAAUGUGUGAAAUUCUCAGAGAGCACUGUGUGUGUGUGUGUGUGUGUGUGUGCAAUUAAAAAUUGCACUGUACUUGCUCUUGGCCUUCCCCGCGACUUGAGCGGAAAAACAAGCCCUCUCUGGGCCACCAUUUUCUUUUUUUUUAUUUUACCUUCUCAACUUCUCUAUAUAGAUAUAUAUUCUUGGCUCUCUGUUAACCAAUUUCGCUUUUAGCCUUUUUUUACCGGCUAACUUGGCUGCCAUGAAUGAAGGCACUAAUACCAGUGCACCAUAGCCGGCACACACUCUCGCUCUCCUCUCUCUUUGAGUGAGUUUCAUUUUUUUUUAGCGAAAUGAAUGCACUUUUUGAGUGGAAAUGGGUGUGCUUGGUUGUGUGUGUGAGUGCAUCCGCUCAACGACUGAGGAACUGCAUCGGUCCCGCUCAGCUGUGGCAGGCUGGCUUUAGCUUUAUUGUCCGUCGGCUCGAGCGGUUCGCUUUCGGUCCCGGAUUUUGGAUUUGGAUUUGGGAUUCGGAUUCUCCGAUUCGGAUUCGGAUUCGGAAUCGGAUUCUCACAUUCUCGGGCGAAUUCUCGCAUUUUCAUAUUCUCGGUUUCUCUGCGGAGAUUCGAUGCGAAUCGCGAUUCCAAUCUCUCUGGUCUGGCCAAGGCCCGAUUUGGGUUCGGAUCGUUGUGUUGUAAGGCGGCAUUCGCUGUUGCAGCGCUGCCAGCGUCGCUGCCCGGCGCUCUUGCGUAUUAGUAAUGUCGUCGUAUAUCGGUGUUGUUGUUGGUGUUGUUCUUGUUGUUUGUUUGUUGUUGACGCUGGUCGCGCUGUGCGAAAUUUUUUUUAUUUAUUUUCCACACAAACACACACACACUACUGCAAUGCUUCCUCUUCCCCAAUAAGAGCAACAACAACAACAACAACAACAACAACAGCGGCGGCAGCAGCGAGAAAAACCUUUUACGUGCGUUUUUCUUAUGACAAAAAUUUUUUAGUUGACAUGCCAGGCGGCCACUAAAAACCAAAACAAAAACUAAAAACGCUGAAAAUGCAAAAGUGCUGUGACAACCACAAAUAAAAGUAAUACUAGUAAAAAAAAAAGCUUAAAACAUAAAAAACAAAAUUAAAAAAGAAACGCCAAAUACCCAUAAACAAAGUCAAAAGUUUUUAUAGAACUUUAACAGAAAAAGUACCACAAAUUUUUAAAAUAUUUACAUAAAUAAGUUUGUAAAUAUUGGGACAGUUUGGCCAAGAAAAGUACAGUUUUGCAAGCUAGCAAAUAUCAUUAAGAUCUCCCAAAAUAAAGGAAAACUAUGGCCGAUUGUUCAUUUGCCAGAUGCCUGCAAGAGCGUCGGCUCAUCAAAAGGGAGCUCAUGAAAUGGUCCAAGGAUAUGCUGCAAAUUGUGGGGUUAGAACGCGUUGCUGAGGAAUUUAUGGUUCGCAGGCAAUGGAAACAAUAUCGAGAGCACCUGACGCGCAGCCAUUUGAAUAUCGAGGAGCAACAGCCCAUAGCAAUAGCCGGUUCCGAGGACGAGCCACCGCAAUACAACCACAACAGCAAGGAGCAGAGCAGCCAGAGCAACCCAAACCACUGUAAAACAGAGAACCACCGUCUAGAGCAGCACCACCACAACGGCAGUCUGCUAUUGGAAGAAGAUUUUGAGAACAACCAAACAUCACACGAUUCAUCACGUACAGCAACACCGGGAGCCACCAGUACACCAUCACCACCGCCAGAACCCAUCGAUUGGAGACCGUCGGACAAGUGCAAUUUCUGUGUUAACGGUCGCCUGCUAACGGUUAACGCCCAGGGCGAAUUGGUGGCCGAAUCAGCAGCAACAGCCACUAGUAGCUACACUAGCAAUAGCCACAUUCAUCAGCACGACAGUGACAGCAACUCGAGCGCAUCACUGCCCCACCACAGCAGCAGCGGCAGCAGCAACAAUACCAACAAUAACAAUAGCAGCAUUGGCAACAGGGCACGCCACAUUGCUGCUGCAACAGCAACACCAGCAGCAGCAGCAGCAGCAGCAGCCGCAGCAACAUCUGCAAAUUCCCUCGAACUGUACAAGUUGCUGACCCAGCGGGCAGGCAAAAUGACAUCGAUGGACUCGAUGGCCGCCCAGCUGGCUCAAUUCUCACUGCUGGCCGACAUCAAUCUGAUCAACUCGCUGGCCAGCCAACAGCACCAGCAGCAACAACAACAGCAGCAGCAACAACAACAGAUCGCUAGUUCGGUAACGCCAACUACCUCAGAAGUAUCUGCAGCCGCAAUCAGUCCCGCACUCAAAGAUACGCCCAGUCCCAGUGCCGAUGCACCGCUUGAUCUUAGCAGCAAACCAUCGCCGAACUCAUCGAUUAGCGGCGAUGUGAAGUCCGUCAGAGCUUGUGUCACACCCACGCCGUCGGGAAGAAGAGCGUACAGCGAGGAGGACCUCAACAGGGCGCUGCAGGAUGUGGUGGCCAACAAGCUGGGACCCCGCAAGGCGGCCAGCCAGCACCAUGUGCCGCGAUCCAUUCUGGUCAAUCGGCUGUUUAAAAUGCAACACGAUCUUGAUCAGGAUCCAGAUGGCGAGGAGCCCGAGGAUUCCAACGAUGAUGGUGAAGCGGAGGUGGACAGUAAUGCCUCGACUCCGGCACCAUCAUAUCCAACAGAUUUUGCGAGGGCGCAAAUCCGUAAAUUGAGCCACCUGUCCGAGCACAAUGGCAGCGAUCUGGGCGAGGAUUUGGAUAGAGGAUCACCGAAAAUGGGGCGACAUGCGGGGGGUGGCAAUGCCAGUGCUAAUCAAGGUGGUAUGCCCACCAUUCCAAUGAAUGCCACUGUCCUGAUGCACACACUGAUGGUGGCAGCAGGGAUUGGAGUUAUGCCCAAAUUAGACGAAUCACAGACGGUGGGCGAUCUGAUCAAGGGUCUGCUGGUGGCCAACAGUGGUGGGAUUAUGAACGAGGGACUGCUAAGUCUGCUGUCCGCCAGUCAGGAGAACAGUAAUGGCAAUGCCUCGUUGCUGCUGCAACAACAUCAGCAACAGCAGCAACAGCAACAUCAUCAGCAGCACCAUAAUAUCGCCGCCUAUCGACAUCGCCUGCCCAAAUCGGAGACUCCGGAAACGAACUCCUCGCUGGAUGCCAACGAUGCCAAUGAGGAUCCCAUACUGAAGAUUCCGUCCUUUAAGGUCAGCGGUCCGGCCAGCAACAGCAGCCUUUCGCCGGGCGGACUAGGUCCUAGUGGUCACCAUCAUCCGCUGAACAACAACAACAGCCUCAGCAUCAGCAACAAUAGCAACCACAGCAGCAACAGCCAUCGAAACGGCAGCAAUCGCAGUCCCCAUUCCGCAUCGCCCAUGUUGGCAGCUGCCGUUGCCCAAGGUGGUUACUCCGGCAACAGUUUGCUAGCCUCGUCCUCGUCUAGCAUCCAGAAGAUGAUGGCCAGCAAUAUCCAGCGACAGAUCAAUGAGCAGAGCGGCCAGGACAGCCUCAGGAACGGCAAUGCCAGCGAUUGCAGCAGCAACAAUGGUGGCUCCUCCUCGUUGGGUUACAAGAAACCAAGCAUUUCGGUGGCCAAGAUCAUUGGUGGCACAGAUACCUCUCGUUUUGGUGCAUCACCCAAUCUCCUGUCGCAGCAACAUCAUCCGGGUCACCAUUUGAGCCACCAGCAACAGCAGCAACAAUUGAGUGCCCAGGAGGCAGCUGCUCUGGCGGCGGGCAAGGGAACAAGGCCAAAGAGGGGCAAAUACCGCAACUAUGACCGAGAUAGUUUGGUGGAAGCGGUCAAGGCGGUACAAAGAGGUGAAAUGUCGGUCCAUCGAGCGGGCAGUUACUAUGGCGUACCCCACUCCACGCUGGAGUACAAGGUCAAGGAGCGUCAUCUGAUGAGACCGCGCAAGCGAGAGCCCAAGCCGCAACCUGAUCUUGUGGGUCUAACGGGACCAGCCAACAAAUUGCAACUGGACAAGCUGAAGGCAGGACCACAUGGUGGAUCCAAGCUGAGCAACGCCCUUAAGAACCAAAACAAUCAGGCUGCAGCGGCGGCGGCGGCAGCAGCAGCAGCAGCGGCCGCUGCCACGCCAAAUGGCCUGAAACUGCCCAUCUUCGAAGCCGGUCCCCAGCAGUUGUCCUUUCAACCGAACAUGUUCUGGCCCCAGCCGAGUGCCACCAAUGCCUACGGCUUGGACUUCAAUCGGAUUACGGAGGCGAUGCGUGCGAAUCCCCAGGCCAGCAAUCAUCACGGGCUUAUGAAGAGCGCCCAGGAGAUGGAGAACAUGUAUGAUGGCAUCAUUAGGAAGACGCUGCAGUCGAACGACGGUAAUGGCAGUUCCACGGGCAAUGGCAGCAGUAGCAAUGGCAAUGGUCAUGGCCUGCUCGAUCAGUUGCUGGUGAAGAAGACUCCGCUGCCGUUCACCAAUCAUCGGAACAAUGACUAUGCCGCCACCUGUUCAAGUGCCAGUGGUGAGAGUGUCAAGCGAUCGGGCAGUCCGAUGGGUAGCUAUGCGGACAUUAAGCGAGAAAGAUUGAGCGCGGAUAGCGGAGGCAGCAGUGACGAGGAACACUCGGCCAGUCACAUUAACAACAACAACAGUGAUCUGGCGCACAACAAGAACAAGAGCGGAGGAGGUGGCAAUGGUCAGGCCAAUGGAAAUGGGAGGAGCAGCCGGAUGACGUCGCGGGAUGAUUCGGAAACGGAUGCCAGCAGCCUGAAGAGCGGCGAAAGUGGCGGCCAUCAAAACCACAAAAUCAUGGAUCUCAAUGGCAGCAGCAGCAGUCACAUCAAGUGCGAAACGGAGGCGGGAACACAGGCAACUGGACACAGUCCCGGACAUACCACAUCCAUAUUGCAUGAAAAGCUGGCCCAGAUCAAGGCCGAGCAGUUGGAUCAGGCGGAGCAGUUAUAGGAGCAGCCGAUGGCCACGAAUCCAGCGUUCGCCUGGCCACCGCUGGCCGCCCACUACUACAGCUUCUAGAGAUGGAGUGUAAACACCAAAUUAUGCCACGUUUUUUGAUAGUACCAUACAAAAUACUAUAUAUAUAAAGAUAUAUAUAUAUAUAGAUAUAUAUGCCAGCCAGCUGAACGAGGUGGUAAAUGUGCGCUAGCUCUUAGUUAAAUGUGUAAUCAACUGCAUAGGAGAAGAACAUAAACAAAUAAUGAAAAGCAAAACAAAAAACAUAACAACAGCAAGCAAACAAACACAUACAUUUGUGCCCCGGAGUGUACAAUGUAUAUUUUUGUUUCGUUUUGACAAUCGACAAAUAGGCAUUCUCUUGUACAAACUUUCUUAAAAGCAAACAAAAAACAAAAAAAACAAAACUCUAAAAACCUUAAGACCAAAAAACAAAAAAAAUUAAGAAGAAAUACUGAGCAAAACCAAGAACCAUUUUCAUUUUGCAUUUUUUGUUUUUUAAGCCGCAUAUUUGUGUUAAAAUAUAUAUUUUUUUUAAAUUGAACAGAAACAGCAGUCCAAUGGGAAAAUAUAUAUAUUGAUAUAUAGCAGAAAUAUAUAGCCAACAGGAAAUCAGCAAAGCAGUUACAAGCCAACAACUCUUAAACGGCCUCUGUUUGGUUAGGUUUCUUGGCCCUUGAGCUGGGAUAUUUUGAACAUUCCAUAAGACAUACUCUUAUGUUCCAUAGUGUACACAAUUUUCUACAAAGAUUUCCUUACCAAUCUCUAUAGAAGUUAGAGCUUCAGCUCGUACAGGGCCAGGACCCCAGGCAGUCGUCUUCGACAUAGACAGAAUGAGUAUAUAGCCAACAACAGCAACAACAAACAGCAACAACAAUAACUACAGCAAAGACCAUAACAACUACAACUACAACAACAACAAGCAACAACAUCAAUAUCCGAUCAA